ACACACAUAAUCAUAAUGGGAGUUUUCACCUUCUCUGAAGAGAGCAUUUCCGCUGUUGCUCCUGCCACACUCUACAAGGCUCUGGUCUUUGAUGGCGACAACCUCAUCCCUAAGGUUGUCGACGCCAUCCAGAGCGUCGAAAUCCUCGAAGGAACUGGUGCCGCUGGAACCACCAAGAAGAUCAACUACCUCGAAGAUGGACACUUGCACUACGCGAAGCACAAGGUGGACGCAGUAGACAAGGACAACUUUGUAUACAACUACACCUUAGUGGAGAGCGACACUUUCCCUGAGACUUUGGAGAAGAUCGCCGUCGAGACGAAGUUGGCGGCCGCCCCUAACGGAGGAUCCGUCGUGAAGGUGACCGUCAACUACGUGACGAAGGGAGACGCCAAGCCCAGCGAAGAAGAGCUGAAGAUUGGGAAGCAGAAGGGAGACGGACUCUUCAAGGCCGUUGAAGGAGGGAAGACCCAUCAUGUGUUGCACAAAGUAGAAGCAGUGGACGAAGCUAGCUUUGUAUACAAUUACAGUAUAGUGGAAGCGAGCGAUUUGCCGGAGACGGUGGAGAAGAUCUCGGUGGAGACGAAGCUGGUGGAGGGUCCGAAUGGAGGAGCCGUCGCAAAGAUCAGUGUGAAGUACUUCACCAAAGGCGAUGCUCAGCCGAGCGAAGAGGAACUCAAGACCGGCAAAGCCAAGGGCGAUGCUCUCUUCAAGGCCAUCGAAGCUUACCUCCUGGCUCACCCUGAAUACAGUUAAAUUAAGUUAAUCACUUAAUUAUGCCUUUGAUCUGGCUCUUAAUUAAGGUUUUGUGUGGUGCUGCUUUGCGUCGGUUGGUUUGUGUUCUGCGAUCAAGGCUAUGUGACAUGGCCUUUGUAAUUUGAUGAAAAGCUUGAGUUUGUCUCCGUGUUUGGUAUUGAUAAUAAGGUUGCAUCUAAAAUCUAUAUAUAUAUAUAUAUAUAUAUAUAUAUAUUUGAGGAAUAUAUAUUUCAGGAUUGGAUGUUUCUCAA